AUGGUGAGUUACGCUACAUCGGAGGUACCAGGGUUACAAGAACUAUUCCCCUUGCAAACUGUGAGGUUGCCGUUAAAGUAUCCGGCCAACGAAACACAAGUGGCCUCUUCUAAUAGCCAUGAAACAUAUGCUACUCAAUUGGCCUCCUCAGGUCAUGUUGUUAUGGUAGAAGAGAACUCCUAUAUUGAUUUCGUUACUUUUGGUAUCAGAAACAAAGGUUUGACAUUACUGUUGACACCUGUAUCGCGCUCCAAUGUAUCAGGGCUUUCAUUCCGUACCAUCAAUAUUGAACUCCCACAUGCUGUGUACUCUAAGGAAUGUGUCAGUGUGCGAUAUUCUUCAUUGGAGAAGGCCAUGGUGGUUGACUUUGUCACCAAGACGUUUCUCUUUGUAACUUUGAAGAUAAGGUUACAAGAUUUUGUUUUGGGGAAGCUGCUGUCGUCUAUAUUCCCAUUGGAUGAGUUUGACCAAUGGGGUCACAUUUCAGUACCCUUUUCGUUCGAGUUGAAGUCAUCACCGUUUUCCAUUAAGGCUUUAGAUGAUUCAAAUAUAAUUGUUUCGUUGAAAGAUGGUGGUUUAUUGCACUUUGAAAGAUCUUCUCCUUUGCAUGAUUUUGACGUUUAUUCAUUCAUGGAUGGUUCUUCUCUAAUGUCGUUAAACUUGCUUGAGAUGUUCUGGUCCAAAAAAGGUGGUAAAACCCGUAAUUCUUCAACCAAUGUUGAAGGUAUAAGUUCAAUGGCAGUAGUCGACUUGGUUCCUAUCAAUGAGAAAGUGUUUGUUACAUUGAGCAUAAGUAAGGAGGUUAAUUGCUGGAGUUUAGAAAGUCACGCUGAAGUUUCUGGUUCAUUCCAUUUGGGUUCAGCUACCAAUAGUAACUUUUGGUUAUCUAUGAUCCCUCGAAAGUAUAUGCAAAUUGUAACUGGUGAUGGCGGCUCUAACGGGAAGCGUUAUUUGGUAUUACAUUAUUCAUUACCACACGAUGAUAUUAGUGGGUAUUCAUUCAGCGUAUGGGAGAUAGUAGACAGUGAAGGGAACUUUGAGUUGAUUAAGUUAGACAACAUGCUGAUAAAUUUAACCAGUCCUAAAUCAAUAUUCAACAAUCAUAGACAAGAUAACCUUCACAAUUUGAAUUGGUACAUUCAAGAUUUCCAAACCGUGUACUCAGGGAAGGAAAACAGCGUGUUUGAUGUCAAUAUCUUAUGGAAAUCAAACAGCUUAUCAGUAUUAGCUACUUAUGAUGUGGUGUUCCCAACGGGUGAAGUUCUUGAUAUCAAAUGGUCCAACACCUCUACUGCCCAGAAUACUAUUUUCAGACCGACUGUUUUGGAUGAGUUUCUUCCUUACAGAGAUUUGAAAUACUUCCAAUGGAAAAUACUCAAAUCAGGCAUAUAUGACAAGAGAACCAUACUUUCAGCUCUUGAUAUAUUCAGGCAUCAUGCAGACUUAGCCUCUCGUGAUAAAAGUAGUACAGACGAUUCCAUUAUUGGGGGCCUUUUGUACGAAACAAUGGUAGCCACUCACAAGACCAAAGAAUACGAUUUGAAAACCUGUUGGUAUAAAUUCGAUGCUUUAUGUGAAGAAUUGAAGCGUACCGAGCUUGAAACAUUAGCUCUUGAUGUGGUUUCGUCAUCAUCAUCAUCAUCAGGUAGUACGUUGGUUAGUUAUCUUUCUAAUGGUUUAAUGGAAUACCGUGAAAGUCAUUUAUUUGAAGAGUUUUUGGAUUCAGGGAAUCCCUUAUGUUCUAUUCUUAAUAACUUGACUACUCUAUUGUCUUCAAAAUCACUCUACAAGAUUUACGAAUCAGUGAUUCAAUUAUCGAAUUCACAGGGUAGCCUUUCUGGCAGUGAUGCUACCGAAUUAUAUCAAUCGAUUUUGGCACUGAAGAUACAGGUUGAAGAAUCCCAGAAAUUACAAGAAGAGCUUCAAGCCAUUCCCCAAAUUGAUGAGUUAAUUCAAUCUUUCUUUGACUUGAAACAUUCUAGAACCUGUUCGUCUCAAAGUUUCUCUUCCUCAAGUUCAACUCCAAGUGAAUACCAAAAGCUUAUAUUUAUGAACUCCAUUUCCAAACUUGAACAGUCUCAUGAAAUUACUUUGCUAGGACUUUUGAUUUUGUUUCUUGUAUCUGAACUAGAUGAUGACGUUCUUGGGGUUAUAAAUCAGAUAGUUGAAGUGUUAGCAAACUAUACCAAAUUGAACGUGGUUGUUGGAACUAGUGUUGUUAACUCCAGCGUAACCACAAACGUGUUAGGAAAGGCUUCACUGAGUAUUCUCUGGGAGAUUAUCUCCACAAGUCCUAAGUUAACUCAAUUGGUUACCGAUGGUCAAAAUAGUGGAUUCCAAAAGUUAAUUGAAUUUGUCAAUGGUUCUAAUUCUGAAUUUGUUUUAGAUGUGAUUCUUGGAUUGAUCGGCCAUAAUGGAGGGUUAUUAAUUGAAGAGGAAUUCUUUUCUAAAUUAUCACCUUCCGAACCAACAGAUCAAUUCUUGAAAGGGUUGGUAUAUUUAAUCGAUGGUAAACCUCAAGAGAUGUUCAAGGUAUUCUCACAAGUCCCACCACUUGCUUUACCAAAGGGGAUUAUUGAUAAGUUGAGAAGUAAAUUACAGAGUAACAAAGCCAUUAGUCAAUUUUUGGCUGAUUGCUUUGAUGGUCCAGUUUCAUACUAUCAUUCAUUAGCUCACCUAGCGAAGGAAUAUGCGAUAACCAAUAAGGCAUCACCACAAGAUCCCAAUUCUUCUAGCUUAUCCACUGAAUACCUUAAGAUAUCAAUAGCUUUUGAGUUUCUCGCCAUUGAACAGUUGAAUCAUAGUGGUGAUGUUGGGGCUAAUAUCACAGACAGAAACUCAUAUUACAUCAACAUAUUUGAAAUGGGACUUGGUAUUAACGACUACGACGUGGUUCUUGAAUCACUUGGGAACUUGAAACUGACGUUUGACUAUGAAUCGUAUGUUCAAAAGUAUAUUGGGAGGUUGGCAAGUACCAACCAAUUAGACCAAUUGUUCCAUCGCCAACCAGUGACAAGCAACUACUUGUUGAUUGACCGCAUCUUGGUGUCCUUAGCGGAAGCCGAAACCGACGAUGUUAUGCGGGCAUUGAUCAUUCACAAGGCCAUCUUUUCAUGGAGGCUCUUUGGAGGUGGUAAUAAUAUCAAAGAUUAUAAUACUUUGGUCGAUACAAGAGGUGCGUGCGAAAGCUUGUAUUGGUUUAUAGUGCGUUACCGUCAACAGAGUACUUGGAAAAUUGAUGAUGAUCCAAAGGCAACCAAGUUGAAGGUGUUGGAGUUGUAUUUGAUUAUUGUCAACUGCAUCAAGAGCUUUGAAAAGGAUGAUGAUAGAUGGUUAAUUAGCAUGGGAAAGUUGAUCACUCUCAGUCAAAUAAGCAAUGAGUAUUACAGUUGGUUCAAGGAGUUAGAGAAUGACAUUUUAUAG